AUGCAGCUCGCUGUCCUCGCCGCUCUUCUGCUGCCGGUCUGCGCGGCCCUCGCUCACCGUUACCGCCGGCUCAUCUGCGGCUUCUACCGGCGCCGGCUGCUGCCGUGGCUCGGCGGCCCCAGCCCCGAGGAGCGCAUCCUCCGGCAUGUCCGGACCGAGGCUCGGCACGGCACACCAGAUAGGGUGCUGAGCGCCAUCGAGGAAUGGUGCCGCCGAGUCCACCCUGUGACCGACACUGACCCGGGGAAAGCCCGGUUCCUGGACGGGGUGGUGCUGCGGACGGCCCCCCUCCACGCCCUGUUGGUCGGCGCCCACUGCGGCUAUUCGGCCAUCCGCCUGGCGCGGCUGCUAGCCCCCGGGGCCAUCCUGGUCGCCGUCGAGCCCGACCCCCGUGCGGCCGAGAUAGUCGAGGAGAUGAUACUGCUGGGCGGGAUCAAUCACUCCCAGUUCCGUGUGUUGAGCGGUUCUCCGGCCGAGGCCAUCGCCCAUUGCCGGUCGGCGCUGGAAGUGAGCAGCGUCCAGCUGGCGGUACUGACCCAGGGGCGAGGCUGUGACUGUGUCCGGGAUCUACGGUCCCUCGAGCAGGCCUCACUGCUGGCUGCCGGCUCCCUCGUCCUCGCCGACUGCCUCACCAGCUCCGGAGCCUCCUGCUUCCUCGCCUCCAUCCGUCCCGGACCCCUCUACACCGUCUCCUCCCAGCGCCGCCUGGACGGAAUCGCCACGGACAGGAUGGUGGAAUUAACGGUGAAUUGUCCAGCCCAGGAGCUCCUGUGA